ACAUGGCGCCUCGUUGAAGGGGUCUUCUGCUCGGUCUCAGAGUCUGAAUCGCUGGCGUAGUUGACGAGGACAUUCAUGGCCAGUGCAGAUCAAGGUCGUUCGAGAACUGUUCCUCGAAUGGCGUAAAAGAACGCAAGUCCGUUUGUGCUUCUGCAAGUGAUUUUCCUGAGAGUGUUGAUCAAGAAGAGACCAGGGGGGGAAGAGUAAAGAAAAGAAGGUUUGCAUUCAUGACAGCCAGUCACAACCAACGUGCAUGGGAGGAGCAUGCAACCUUGGGAGUACCCCAUUCUAUUCCCCCUUCGCCCCAUUACCUUCUACUAGAACAGGCCAGGAAACAAGUACUCGCCAUGUUUGGCACCGGUCUGGACGCACAGGAAUUGAUCGCUCUCAUCGAACGUGACCUUCACUUGCAUGUCGCCUUCCCUUGCUUCCCACUCGAGUCUCCCCUGGGCCACACCGCCUGCUGUGUGGUGCAAAAAGCAUGGCUCGAUCAAUUACACAACGGAACUGCAACGAGUCUUUAUGAGAGCGCGUCGCCUAGCAGAAGUGGCUCAGCUUCAAGCACGACAGUAGGGAGCGCAGGCGCAGCUGGAACAGCAACUUCAGGAGGAGAGGUUAAUGUCUUUAUUAAUGUGAUCUCAAAGACGAAGCCAUUGCAGCAGGACAAUUGGACGAGAGCUCGUGUGUUUGAACCUGCAAAAGGAAAGGCCCUCUCAAAUUCGGCUCAACCAGUCCAAAAAUCGUAUACGACGCUGACCUCAAUAUCGACAAAUGAUGACUGGAAUCUUACUGGAGAGGCGUAUCUGAGGGAACUAUUGACCAUGGAUGUAAACACCGCGUUCAAGACCGAACCCCCAAGUGCAGAGAUUCAUCCCGACUAUAGCACAUUUCGACCGAUACUUGAAAGCGAAGAUAAUGAAGAGAACACAGAACUAACCCUUCAGAACGACGGCAUCAGGAUGGGCGCGCGGAAUCGCAACAGAAAACUCAUAGAACAUGUUUUGGACACCCUAUACCCCACCACUCUACGAUACAGGGUGGUGCACCCAUCUGAGGACGAUAGCUGCAGCGCUUCAAGAUUGGUUCCAAUGGAGAGGAGUGUGGGCAGCAUGGCUCAGCCAAUACCGGCAAACAUUGCAGCAGCAACAGUCAUCAUCGAGUCCGACGAUGCACAUUACUGUCUUUCGCCGCACCGUUCAGGAGGAGCAACCGGACUAACGACGUUGCAAGACCUACUGCGGUUUAAUCCUGGCAACCUCAAUACGUCGCUUAAAAAGGGAUUUUUAGUGUUCCAGCUAUUGACGGCGGUCAAAGGACUGCAUCAAAAGGGACUCAUUCACGGCAGCCUGAGGCCUUCAAAUAUCUAUAUCGAUGAGAACUUGUGGAUCAAACUGACGGGAAUCAAGUGCUCUGCGCCCUACCAGAACACCUCCGAGGCAAGGGAUGCACGUGAGGGAGACUUGAGGGAAUCAUUAGGUUGGAGGUUACCAAAAGAAAUUCAAGAAGAGUCGACUGUCAUGAAAUGGGCCAAGGGCGAGAUAUCCAAUUUCACAUAUUUGAUGAUCCUUAACCACGCGGCAGGCCGCAGGCCAGGUGACCCUAACGUUCAUCCCAUCUUUCCUUGGGUUACCGACUUUACUGGAUCGAAAUUGGAACAUGGCUGGAGAGACUUUACGAAGACCAAGUUCCGACUCAACAAGGGCGACGAGCAGUUGGAUGUGACUUUCGACGGGCCUAUUCCGCACCAUAUUACUGAUAUUUUGUCCGACAUCACCUACUACGUCUACAUGGCUCGCCAGAUCCCUAUCCCGGUCCUAUGCCAGUUCGUAAGGUCUAAAUACGAAGCAAACGAAUAUCCCUCGUCCAUACAGAGGCUGUAUGAGUGGACCCCUGACGAAUGCAUUCCUGAAUUCUACACGGAUCCCAACAUUUUUAAAUCGAUCCAUGCAGAUAUGCCCGACAUGGCCCUGCCUGCAUGGGCCAAGACGCCAGAGGACUUCAUCUGCGCUCACCGCGAGGCACUGGAGAGCGACUACGUUUCGAAGUAUUUGCACGAGUGGAUCAACUUGACGUUUGGGUGCAAACUAUCUGGUCCAAGGGCGAUAGAAGCCAAGAACGUUGCCUUAUCUUUAUUCCCAGGACAAAACGCGUUCAUGAAGCAUGGGAUCAUUCAACUAUUCACUGAUCCUCACCCACAGCGUAUAUGCAAUUGGUCGCUUUCCAAAGCUGAUUUUUUUAAACCCCUGGAUAGAAACCAGACAGCACUUGAGAAGGCGUCUAAGAUCAUCAAACGGAGAAGUGCAUAUCGACCGCAGAACGAUCGUCCUCAGUUUGUGGACAAGGUGUCUGAUCUUUUAUUCCGACCAGCAGGACCAACCCGCUCAAAAUCACUGCGCCAGCAACCCGGAUCGAGACCGAUCUCCAUCGUGGUCAGCAACAACGCCCAUGAAAGAGAACCAUCCAGUUCAGGACAGACUAUUGUGUCUCCUCCGACAAACGGCCUCCUCUCUCCUAUCAACUCUAUCGCUCAGGAUACCAAUCUUGCUCUGGCCUCCACAAGGCCGGAAGCACUCAUCCAGUUCAUUCAGUCCGAAUCCAUUGAGCUUUCGAAGGAUCUGCAGGAGACGUUUACAGAGGAACUUGAGCAUUUUGAAAAGUCGUUUCAAUUCGGAUCAAAAUAUAACUUCAUGAACGGAAACCCAGCUCGCGCACAAAUCCUGUCCGACACGCCAGCGCUGGAGACGAACAAUUCCGAUAUUAGGGAGGAGGACUCAUUCGAAUACAUGCAGAGCUGGGACGUAUACUGCCUAGGAGAAGUGUUCAAGCAGAUCUAUCUGGCGGAGGAAAUCCCGAACAACAGCAUCGCUAUGGCCUCGAGGCCAGAAUUAUCUAUCAUGGAUCUUACAAAGUCACAGCAGAUGCCCGUUGCCGUCAGCGGAACAAUAUCGGCCAUGCUCAGCAGCAACUGGAGAUUGAGACCUAAAAUCGAGAGUAUUCUUCAGAAAUCAAUACCCGCACUCUCGUUCAACUCUCCUACCAUCUCCAUGUUUGUUCCGACCCUGAUUGCAGAGAUUUACGAAUUCUUGGCAAUGUUCUAUAUCUGUCCCGAAAGCACUCAGAUGGACUUGGCGAACAAAUGGAUCGAUCGGAUAUGCACAUUCGAGGAUGAGACGUUUGAGAUUGCUUUACCCGUUUUUGUCCAUCUCUUUACGGACGAGGAGACAAGGGUGAGCGCACUCAGCCUAUUUCCGAAACUUGGGCAAAGGCUUGGAACAAAGCGAACAAAGGCCUUUUUGCUCAAACCGAUCAUUGCCUUGUUUGAGACUUCAAAACCCACUCUACCUCCGGAGCUGUUCAGGCCGUCUACGUUUACAGAGUUCUUGCGGCGAUUCAGCACAAGCACCUUCUUGAAGCAACUGUUUCCAUAUUAUCUUGACGCUCUUAUUGCAGACUACGGACCCGGUGACAUAGUAUCCGAUGACAAUUCAUCUGCAUCCUCGGCAGUGAUUUCCGAUAGCGCAGGGCCCUCUACAACGCCAACUAUCACGCCAGAAGAAGAAUCCGCUAGAAAACUUACCCACGAAAGCAUUCCAAAACUGGCCAAAGUUUCCAGUGAUGCCUUUGUCGGCAUUUGUCGAUCCAUUGGUCCAAUAUUGACCUCGAAGCAUGUUAUGAGGCCCUUUUCAAGACUGGCAUAUAAGGAUCCUGUCUCUUUGCCAUUGCUGAAGGAGACAAUGGGUGGAAUAGCACAGGAGUUUGGAUCAACAUUUGCCCUGGUGCAGUUCAGCCAUAUCAUGCACCUCAUUGACUCAGCCUGGAAGACCUUUACAUCGAGGACCAACAAUACUUUGAAGAAUCUGCUGGGGAUGCUUGGAUCUCUGGUCCCGCACAUGUACGAUACCCAGCUCGUGACAGAACUGAAAAAUGGCGGGUCAGACCUUUUAUACCGCUUGCUUGAGCUGAGUCCAAGUAGAACUACCACCCGAAACGAUUCACAGGCGAGUCCAAGGCUUGCCGUCAGCCGAAAGGCGAUGGAUUUGAUUCUACAGCUUAGUUUCUCUCUAACCAGAGCGGACUGGGAGAAGCAUGUAAGUGUUCACUACGGUAUGAGGACAGAUAUUCGAAUGAAGUAGUGGCGAGUAACGAUAUUGACUGCGGUAUUGCUUUGCAUAAUAUUAGAUUGCCCCUAUUCUUCAAAAGUACUUCUCAGGAUUCGGGCCCGAAAUCGAUGAGUUGAGUACUAAGGCAGCCACUGCCAUGGAUAUCAAGAAGAAUGAGCAGGUAGGU